CCAGUUAGGGGAGGGCAGGGGAGGAGAGGGGAGGACCAUGGGCUCUUGGAGUCGAGUCAGUGCCGCCAAAUGCCAGAUGCUGCUGACCAGCUUCUUUGUCUUGCUGCUGGGUCUCUUCGUGGCCGCCAUGGCGGCUCUCACCUACUUUGGAGCCCAUUUUGCUGUCAUCGGCCGCGCAUCCCCAGAGGGCACCCCCUACGAGGCCAUGCACCGCUGGGCCUUCUACACAGGGAUCAGCCUGGCAGGGCUCCUGACCCUGGGGGCUGUGCUGAGCGCCACAGCCACAGUGAGAGAGGCCGGGGGCCUCAUGGCCGGGGGCUUCCUGUGCUUUGCGCUGGUGUUCUGCAUCCUGGGGCAGGUGGCCUUAUGGAGGUUCCACAACCCCGCCCAGGUGGAGGACGCCGUGCUGGACACCUAUGACCUGGUGUACGAGCAGGCGGUGAAGAACCCCUCCAGCCCCCGGCGGCAGGAGCUGCUGGCCAUCCAGGACACGUUCCUGUGCUGUGGGAAGAGAGCCCCUUCCAGCCUCCUGGGCAGCUCAGAGGCUGACCUGUGCACGGGAGAGGAGGCCACGAGACAGGACUGUCUGCAGGGCAUCAGGAGCUUCCUGAGGACACAUGGAGGCAUCACCUCCGCCCUGACCGGCGUGGGCCUCGUCUCUAUGGGGUACGCCAUGCUGCUCAGCUCCUUCCUCUGGUUCGCCAUCCGCUCCGGCCGCAGCUUGUCCCGCAAAGGAACAUACACCCUAAGCCCACGAGCCCGCGGCUGCCAGCCCCAGGAGCCUCGCUUCUUCAGACGCUCCCAGGAGGGACUCGCACUUCACCACCUAUCUGAAGCAGGUGCUCUGCGUGACCAUCUGGGCCCGAGCAGAUGCUCGAGUGGCCCUCGGCUGCUCCAGGACAACUGACCCUCUGUUUCAACUGCCUGUCCUACCCCCCGUCCACCCACAGAGGCGAAGGCACCCUGGCCUUGGCCCCCAUGUGAUCCUUACAAGGCAGAUGUGAGCUGUGCCCUCCCCACUGCAGUGGGUGGAAGGGAAGAGACAAGCAGGCUCCGUGUCAGCAGAUGGGGUCAGGGGUCAUUCACACGCAUGGAGAAACAGGCUGGGAGUGAGUCGAACAGGGGAGCCAGAGGGCAGGCCCCACAGAGCUGUGCUGAGAGGCACCAGGUCAGACCGGGGCAAACCCGACCCACCUCCAGGCUCGGCCGGGCCUCAGGACGGAGGGUCCCUCUCCUUGCCACUGUCGGCAGGGCCCGUUCUCUGCUCCUGAGACCACCCCUUUCUCUCUCACAUGGCCCCAUCUGCGAGGCUGCAAUGGUGUGUCGAGUGCUUCUCAUGCUGAGAAUUUCUCUGAUUUUCCCCUCUCACUCGGAAAGCAGAGGCUGGAGAACACACUCUGCCUUCAGAGGCACGUGCAGCAACAUGAGCCCACCCAGGUGACGUCCCUAUCUAAGGGGAAAUUGUCUCACAUCUCCAGUGACACCGUGCACACAGGUUCCAAGGAUUAAGGCAAACACGGGGUGGGGGGGGCAUUUUAGAAACCCUGCCUGCCACAGCCACUCCCAAUGGACGCGCCCAGGCCACCUCGGACGAAUUCUAACUGUCCCCAAGGGUUUGCAUCUUUUGCUCAAAGUCCACAGUCCUGAGUCAAACACCACUUUUGGCCCUGCUGAGGACAAGGCCUAACAAGCUGACGGAGGAGAAAGGGAUAGCGGGGCCCUUGUAACUCCAUAGAGGGGUCCUACACUCACUGCAGUCCACCCUCGUAUUUCCAGUCACACACACGCUUCUCCCCACACUUGCACUUCCAAAACCAAGACUGUCCCCACCUAACACAGAGCAAAGGGCACCCCUCCAGCUGAAGUCCUUGUCCCCAAAGGAGGACACCCCAGCGUCUCGUGGGCCCUGCAUUCGGCGACAGUCCAGCUGCACCCCUCCUCUGCUUCUGUUCUUAUCGUCUCAUCAUCCUACAACUUAUGAAAUAAAUUUUAAAGAAAGCACCAGCAAUACGUCCUAGGCACAACAUUGGUGGAAAGAGAGGAAAGAAAAAUAAAUUUAGUUAAAUUCUGUGAAAAUGUAUAUGACCAGCAAAAAGAAAGAAAGC